CCAGGGCCGGCAACUCCUCGGCAGAGCUACAGCGCGGGGUCUCAGAGCGCGGCUCGGAGCCGCACUAGGAGCGCUGGACCGUGGGGGAGAAGCUUGGAGGGCGGGUAGCUCCCAGUAAAGCGGCCUAGCGGAUGUCGGGAGCUAUCUUCGGGCCCCUGGAGGGCCCGAGCUCCCUGGACGCCCCGAGCGUCCACCCGCUGGUGUGCCCGCUGUGCCAUGUGCAGUACAAGCGCCCGUGUCUUCUGGACUGCUUCCACGACUUCUGCGCCGGCUGCCUGCGUGGCCGCGCGACUGAAGGCCGCCUCACCUGCCCGUUGUGCCAACACCAGACGGUGGUGAAGGGUCCUAGCGGGCUCCCACCGGUGGACCGGCUGCUGCAGUUCCUGGUGGACAGCUCGGGGGAUGGCGUGGAGGCGGUGCGCUGUGCCAACUGUGACCUGGAGUGCAGCGAGCAGGCAGGGGCGGCGGGGCGGGCGGGUGUGACUCCAGACUGCCAGGGUGUUCACCACCUUUUGGCCACUAUUGAGUGUGCCAAGAGGGCCGCCGUGAAGGCCCUGCAGACGGCCACGCGGGAGGCCAUCGCGCUGCUGCAGGCGAUGGUGGAGGAGGUGCGGCACAGCGCUGCGGAGGAGGAGAACGCUAUCCACGCCCUCUUCGGCAGCAUGCAGGAGAGGCUGGCAGAGAGGAAAGCGGUGCUGCUGCAGGCUGUGCAGAGCCAAUACGAAGAGAAGGACAAGGCCUUCAAGGAGCAGCUCUCUCACUUGGCCACCUUGCUGCCCACCCUGCAGGUCCACCUGGUCAUCUGUUCCUCCUUCCUCAGCUUGGCCACCAAGGCUGAGUUCCUGGACCUGGGCUAUGAGCUGAUGGAGAGGCUGCAGGGCAUCGUCACGCGGCCGUACUGCCUAAGGCCUGUGCAGAGCAGCAAGAUUGCCAGUGACCACCGAGCCGAGUUUGCGCGCUGCCUGGAGCCGCUGCUGCUGCUGGGGCCACGUCGGGUGACAGCUGCUGCAAGUGGUGCUAACAUGCUGGCAGGGGGCUUAGGCCCCAAGGUGCUGACGGGGCCCCACUGCCCCUCUCCAGUAGGAAAGAUGUCCGGGUCACCCGUCCAAAAGCCUACGCUGCACCGGUCCAUCAGCACCAAGGUGUUGCUGGCAGAGGGCAAGAACACGCCUUUCACAGAGCACUGCCGCCACUAUGAGGACACCUACAGGCAUCUGCAGGCGGAGAUGCAGGGCCUAAAGGAUCAGGUACAGGAGCUGCACCGAGACCUCACCAAGCACCACUCGCUCAUCAAGGCGGAGAUCAUGGGAGACGUCCUGAGCAAGUCCCUGCAACUGGACGUGCAGAUCGCCUCGGAGCACACCUCCUUAGAGGGCAUGAGGGUCGUCUUCCAGGAGAUUUGGGAGGAAUCCUAUCAGCAAGUGGCUAAUGAGCAGGAGAUUUAUGAAGCCCAGCUCCAUGACCUUCUCCAGCUGAGGCAGGAGAAUGCCUACCUGACCACCAUCACCAAGCAGAUCACGCCCUAUGUCCGCUCCAUUGCCAAGGUGAAGGAGCGGCUGGAGCCCAGGUUUCAGGCACCCGUGGAUGAGCAGUCAGAGAGUCUACAAAACACGCACGACGACAGCAGGAACAGCGCGGCCGCAGCCAGGAAUAACCCAGGAAGUGUCCCGGAAAAGAGAGAGAAGACGUCAGAGCCUAAAGGAAACAGCUGGGCUCCGAACGGCCUCUCGGAAGAGCCUCUACUCAAAAAUAAGGAUCAUCACAGAUCCAAACAGAAAAACAGGGGUGACAUCCCCACAUGGAGGGAACACCUGACUUAG